GCCACCAGUCAUGGAAGUUGCUUAGGAUGUCUGCAAUGGCCACAGCUCGUGGCGGUAGGUUCGCCAAUCGUGCCGCGCCAAUCGCUCGGAUAGAGUUGGCGUUUUUCGGCAGCAUGUCGCCGAUGGUGGUGGCAACCAUCAUCAUCCGGCCCAGAAGGGGUCAUACGGCAGGGCCAACGGGCAUCUACUUGCUCAUGAACUGGUUGUUUGGGUGCUUGUUGGUUAAGGGGCAAUAUAUUUGGCUCCCCGAGUCAGCCGAGCUUCGUUGAUUUAAGCUUGGGGCUCAGGUGUGGAAAGUUUGACUUC